AUGGAAACUUGUUACUCUCAAGAUAAAUUUAAUGCCACUUCAUACGAUGCCAUGGCUGUGGGCGUCAUCACACUUCAGGCAUUUGCUGGCAUGAUCUUGCUGUUUCUGGGAUGCUUCAGGUUUUGGUAUUUGUGCAUCACAUGGGUAUAUUCCUUUCUUUCAAUAAUUUACCCCUGGUGCUAUUAUGUUCACCCCAUACUCCAACUAUUUGCAGCUACUCAAAGCUUUUUAAAUUCUUCCAACUUGUGGUUUUCUGCCUGUCUUUGUGUUUUUUAUUGUAUAAAAAUUGCAAAUUUCAGGCACGUCUUCUUCAUCUACCUGAAAGUAAAAAUUGACAGGAUCGUGCCAUAGCUGUUGUUGGGUUCAGUGCUUUUAUCCCUGGUCAUCUGCAUCCUUGCCUACGACAUCACUGAUAAGGCGCACUGUAACAACCUCAAUUCCACCACCCGAGGAAAUUUGUGGUAACUGAGUGUCAGAAUGGAUGAACAUUUUUUCCCUGUUUUUAUGAGCGGCUUCGGAUUUGCCACUGCAUUCGCGGCAGUAAUCUUUUCUGCCCUUCUCCUCCUCUUUUCUCUCUGGAGAUGCAAACACAAGAUGCAGACAAACUCAGUGAAGAAUGUCAGCAUGGAUGCCCAUAUCAAAGCCAUGAAAUCUAUUCUGUCCUUCUUCUUCAUUUACAGCAUUAACUUUAUAUGUUUGAUCUUGACACUGAUGUAUGCCACGAAGAAGGAAAAUCCUGUGACGUUUCUCAUUUUAGUAUUUCAGUAUGCUUUUCCGGCUGUUCAUUCCCUUAUUCUGAUUUUCAGCAAUCCCAAACUGGAAAAGACACUGCUAAGGACUCUGCCCUGUGUGAAGUGCAAGGUUUGCAUGAGGUAG